CUUAAAGUUAUCACAGGUGACUUUUUGCCACUCCUGGUAACUGGCCGCUUCAUGCCGUCUGAGGCAAGGUCACCGGGGGGCACAUGGGGUAUAGUCGUACUGGGCCUAAAGGGGGGCCCGACUGUGCUGCACUACCAAAUUAGUCAGGCCCCCUUGACAGCGCGAAGAUCCAAAGUCCCAAAGCACAGAAAACCCAAAGCUGCAAACGGAGCCAAACCCACAAAAAGACCCGAAGCUGAAGCCCCGAAGUCACAAAAGAGGCCGAAGCCACAAAAAGACCAGAUGCAAACUAUAGAAGCUGUCAUAAGGAUAAGAAGAAAAACCUAAGAGCAUCACUGGCUGUUUUCAUCAAACUAAAGACUGAUUUAAAGACAAACAACCAUUAAAGACACGCAGGAUACGAUCAGCUUUUUUAGACGCAGAAAACCGCUGCCUAUAGAAAGACUUGACGCUGCCAUUGUAACUGCUGCAGACGGAGCCCCGGGUGGCGGCUGCCCAGGUUCGGAGAAGCACAGUGGCCAUUUUUGAUCAUCGAACAUCAUCGCUUUUGUCAGUAUGUUGCUAGCGCUGACUGCUCUGCUCAUUGACCUUGCAUAGAUUGCACAUAAACUGAAACUAAAUCAUCCUAAAAGGUAUAUCUUACAAGUUGUAAUGGGCAUGAGCUGCUGAAGAAAAGAAAUAACUGCACCGCUGCUGAACCUAAGCCCAAGGCACUGAAAAGUGGGGUCAACCAUGUAUAAGGAUUACAAAUCUUUCUCUUGUUAGUGCUGCAACACUACUGAUCAUAGAAAGGCUGGAUUAUAAGAUUAUUUCCAGUGGAUGUGCAUGCAGUAAACAUCAAUAUCCUUUUAAACAACGCUAAAGAUGACCAUUUUUAAAGUAACUCUCUGCACUCUUACAUUCACUGCCUGUGACUUUCUUUUGUCCUCCAUUCUCUACAUACGCAGCUGUAAAAAGCCCAGAAUCAUACAAGAUGUAGUGGGCUUUGAUAUGUUUCAUUCAGUGCUGGAUGUUUGGGGGACAUCAAUACUCAGGGUUUGCAUAUGCAGUGGUGCUGUAAUUGGUGUCUUAAGCAACAGACAACAAGGCCCUAAAAGACUUAAAGUUUCUAUAAUAGCAAUAACCUUAUUAUGCUACCUCAUUGCUGUCUACACCCUGAUAAAGCUGCUGCUAUAUUCUGAGUAUGAAAAGCCAGUAAAGGAUCCUUGGUUUUGGGGUCUUCUAGCAUGGACCUGGAUAGCAUCAGCUGGCACACAUUGCUCGUGGAUUCAGAUGAGUAAGAUUCCCUCGAAAUGGGCAAAAUGCAGGCUGCAUUCUCACAGUAAUGGUGACCAGGAUCAGAAGCACAACGAUGACCAAAAACAGAAGGCAAAGACUAAAGUUUCUCGAGCAAACAUAGGAAAAUUGUUGUCUUAUUCCAAACAAGAUGCUGUAUACCUUAUCUUAGCUUUUGUCUUUCUUCUUCUAUGCACUUUAGGAGAAAUAUUUAGUCCAUAUUACACAGGGCUGGUCAUAGAUGGGAUUGUUGUCCAAAGAAGUUUGGAGCAGUUUUCCAAUGCAAUUGUUCUUCUGACACUCCUGGCUAUUGCAAGCGCAUUCUCUGCUGGAGUACGAGGGGGUCUGUUUACCUUUACUUUUGCCAGACUGAACAUCCGUAUACGCAACCUGCUCUUUUGCUCACUGUUAUCUCAAGAAAUUGGUUUCUUUGAUGAGAACCACACGGGAGACAUCAUCUCUCGUUUAACAUCUGAUACAACCAUUGUCAGUGAUGUGGUUUCUGAGAAUCUAAACAUCUUCCUGCGUAGCCUGGUGAAAGCAGCAGGAGUCAUUGCCUUCAUGUUCAGCCUGUCAUGGCAGCUCUCCCUACUGACCUUCAUGGGAUUCCCCCUCAUUAUCUUGGUUUCUAGAGUGUAUGGCACAUAUUACAAGAAACUUGCUAAAGAAGUCCAGACAGCUCUAGCACAAGCCAACAGCACAGCAGAAGAGACUAUUUCUUCCAUAAAAACUGUUCGUAGUUUUGCAAAUGAAGAUACUGAAGCCAGUGUGUACAAAGAGAAACUGCUGCGAGUCUAUGCCCUGCACAAAAAGGAGGCUAUUGCCUAUACAUAUUAUGUAUGGUCUACUGGGUUCACACAACUAAUAUUGCAGAUUAGCAUUCUGUACUAUGGAGGUCACUUGGUUAUUUCAGAACAAAUGACCAGCGGUAACCUUAUUUCCUUUGUUAUUUAUGAAUUCCUGCUGGGCGGAUGCAUGGAGUCUGUUGGCUCCGUCUAUGGCGGGUUGAUGAAGGGCGUUGGGGCUGCAGAAAAGGUGUUUGAGUUCAUCGAUCGAAAACCAAAAAUGGAAAACAAUGGGACCUUGGCUCCUGAACAGUUGGAGGGCAAAGUGGAAUUUAAAAAUGUCACAUUCUCGUACCCCACAAGGCCCUCCUCUUUGGUGUUACAGAAUUUGUCUUUUACUCUGUAUCCUGGCAAAGUCACUGCCCUGGUGGGUCCCUCCGGAAGUGGGAAAAGCUCUUGUGUGAAUAUCUUAGAGAAUUUCUAUCCUGUGCAAAAUGGAGAGGUUUUACUAGAUGGUCAGCCUAUUGAUAUGUAUAACCACAAGUAUCUUCAUGGAAAGAUAUCCCUGGUUAGUCAAGAGCCGGUGCUCUUUGCACGUUCCAUUGAGAACAAUAUUUCCUAUGGACUGAACUCUGUGCCAUUGGAAGCAGCUGUAAGUGCAGCAAAAACAGCCAAUGCACAUUCUUUCAUCACAGAGCUUCACGAAGGAUAUAAAACAGAGACUGGCGAGAAGGGUGCCCAGUUAUCUGGAGGCCAGAAACAGAGAGUGGCAAUUGCUCGUUCUUUAAUCCGAAAUCCUCAGGUGCUAAUACUGGAUGAAGCUACCAGUGCGCUUGAUGCUGAAAGUGAACAUGCUAUCCAGCAAGCAAUGAAUAGCAAUCUACAGAACCGCACAGUGCUAAUUGUAGCUCACAGGCUGAGCACUGUAGAAAAAGCACACAACAUAAUUGUUCUGGACAAGGGCCGGGUGGUGCAGCAGGGGAACCACAGUGAGCUGAUGGAACAAGGAGGACUUUAUUCACAUCUCGUUCAGCGUCAAGUCUCAGGGUUUGAACCUGCUACAGAAGAAAAGGAUCAUACCAGACCACCCAGCACUGCAGAACCCCACAGUCUGUCUGCUGUGGAUCUACGAUUAUAGCACAGUGACAUAAUAAUGACUUGAAGGUUGUUUCUGCUUUAUAAUAAACAGAAUUCUGUAAUACUGUAUAACGAUGCCCAAACAAUGGCCCCACGGCUGUCGAUCUUCUUCAGUUCCCAUCAGACUUAGUCAAUCAGUAAAAGUGAUCCUAUCAAUUCAUUAGUAAUGCUUUUUUUCACUUAAUACUUCUAAAUUUGUAAAAGUCAUGUGAAUCCUGCAGCCAUAUGCCCUGUCAAAAUCAUAGAUUAACUGGCUUGAUAUAGCAGGUAACUUCAAGGCUCCCUUUGAGCAUUCCCUCCACCCUGUGGACAAAGUUUUUCAGAAACAUGGCCAUGCAAACACUUGUAGUCUCCAUUAUCCAAUGGAAAUAAUCCAAACAGUAUGGUGAAUUGCACACUUAAGUU